CCUAUCAAUGAUGAAAAUUUCUGCAUUGAGGAAAAUUUAACAAUAUCCUCUGGAAAAUAUGUUGUUUUUAUGUAUCAGCUUAAUUUACCUACGACGUGGUACCUGGUGAAUGGUAUCAUAUCUUCAAGAUUAGUUCAGGCAAAGACAGUAGUCGAUUUAUCACCAAAUGGAAUUGCAACAAAAGACUUUCAAGAAUUUGAGAAGCAUCAUCCAAUUGAAUAUUAUAUGGCAGGUGGAGUGCCUAGAUAUGUUCUCCAGAAUGUUGAGAUAUUAAUACGAAAAGUUAUUGGAAAUAAUAUUAGACAAGAAGGAAGACCAGAUGCUAAAGAAAUGGAAAUAGUUGAGAAAGAAGCUUGCAAACUUGAUAAAAUUAUAAAGUGUUUUACCAAAAAUGAAGAAACCCAUGUUAAAAUAAGCAAUCGCAUUGUCCACAGAUUUCCAGACGAAACACAUU